GAGACGGACCUUUCCCAGGAAAUGGCAGAAACCAAAGAAAAAAUGGCAGAAAUUGAGCAAGCUUCUCAAGCCCUCUUAGCUGAGUUGUCCACCAUGGAGAUGGAGUAUGCCAUCGAGAAGAGCUGCCGAGAGCAGGCGGAAGCCUUUGCCAUCCAGGUGAGCAGGGAGAACAAGAAGCUGCAGCGGAUCAGCCUGGCGCUGCUGCCGGGGCUGGCGCUCCACCAGGAAGACCCGGCGGGCUUGAGCGGCGGCGGAGAAGGGGCCGCUCCUGACUCUGCGCUGGAUCCGAUGGGCAGGUGCCUUCAGCAGGUCAAAGACCUUCAACUCAAGGUGUCAGGGCUGCUGGAGGAGAAGAAGGAAUUGACCACCCAGGUGAAGGACCUCCAGGCUCUUGUGGGAAGGCUCCAGCAUCAGCUAGAAGAGGAGUGUGCGGAGAAGCAGUCUCUGAAGGUUUUGAAGGAACACAAUCAGAAGAUGCUGAAGAGGGUCAAGCGAGCAUCCCGUUUGGUCACCGAAGAGUAUGGCAGGAUGUCGCUGCAGUUGGACAUGGAGGAGAAACUGAGGCAGCAAGCAGAAAUCUUUGCCCGUCAGAUGCUGCUGAAGCAGAAGGAGGCCCACCGUCAGAGUCUGGUCCUGAUGCAGAACGUGGGAGCAGAGGCCCAGCUUCUCGUGGCCUUGGAGGACGUGGCCCAGAUGACCCGGCAGCUGGAGGAGACCAAGAUGGAGCACGAGGCCCAAGUGAAGGAUCUGGAGAGCCAGCUGGCGGGACGGCCACUGCCACUGGAGCUGGCCAGGCUGCAGGCAACGUUGGCCACAGCAGAGGAAGGAAAGGCGCACCUGGAGGAGCGCCUUCUCCGGGCAGAGGAGAAAUGCGCCAGCCUGGAGCGAAAAGUGAAAGCUCUGGAGGACGGGGCUCAGCCCCCCAACGCCCCAGAGGAGAGCCCGGUGGUCCCGGUUCCCCCUCCACCCCCUCUGCCCCCUCCCACCUUUCCUGCAAAGGCGGAGUAA